AUGCAACCACAAAGACCAAAUUCCCCGCUCUACGUGCGACCCAUUGUCUUGGGGUUCGCCAAAAUCUUCUUCAUCUCUCUCAGCCAGAUACCUGUUGUUCAAGCUGCGCCAGUCUAUGCCGCAAAACUAUUCUCUUCCUUGGAUGAAACAGAAGGGAAAGAUCAGGAUGAUCCAGGGCUAUGGAUAUACUUGACUGUGGCGGCAGUGCUGGUGCUGUUGGGAGGGGCAUUUGCUGGGCUGACAAUUGCAUUGAUGGGACAGGAUGAGAUAUACCUCCAAGUCAUCAAGGACUCUGGUGAAGGAAAGGAGAGGGCACAUGCUGCUAAGGUGCUUAAGUUGCUCCGCAAAGGCAAACAUUGGGUCCUGGUUACAUUGUUGUUGAGCAAUGUCAUCACCAACGAGACUCUCCCCAUUGUGCUCGAUAGGUCGCUGGGUGGGGGGUGGCCUGCUGUCUUAGGAUCAACUGUCUUGAUCGUCAUAUUCGGUGAAAUUGCCCCUCAGUCCGUCUGCGUCCGUUAUGGCCUCCCCAUCGGCUCCUGGAUGGCACCCUUCGUCCUGAUCCUCAUGUACAUUUUGGCUCCUGUGGCAUGGCCAACCGCCAAAUUACUCGACUAUCUCCUUGGAGAAGAUCAUGGAACAACAUACAAGAAAGCGGGAUUGAAAACACUGGUAUCAUUGCACAGAAGUCUCGGAGAGGCCGGUCAACAGCUCAAUGCUGACGAAGUGACAAUCAUCAGUGCGGUCCUGGACCUCAAGGAUAAAUCUGUGGGCAGCAUCAUGACUCCAAUGGAUGAUGUCUUCACUCUGUCUCUCGACGACGUUUUAGAUGAGUCGACGAUGGAUGACAUUCUAUCACAGGGCUAUUCAAGAAUACCCAUCCAUCACCCAGAUAAUGACUCCAACUUUGUGGGCAUGUUGCUGGUCAAAAUGCUAAUCACAUAUGACCCAGAAGAUGCAAAGCCUGUCCGGGACUUUGCUCUGGCCACUUUACCAGAGACUCGACCUGACACCAGCUGUCUGGACAUUGUAAACUUCUUCCAGGAGGGCAAAUCUCACAUGGUUCUUGUUUCAGAGUAUCCUGGAGAGGAUCACGGCGCCCUCGGUGUGGUCACUCUUGAGGAUGUCAUCGAGGAGCUAAUUGGCGAAGAAAUUGUGGAUGAAUCCGAUGUUUUUGUUGAUGUGCACAAAGCGAUCCGACGAGCCAUGCCUGCACCAACUAGGCGCAUCCCAAAGACCUAUAUUCUUCCUGAUGAGCCCACAACAAUCAGUGCCACUGCACCAGAUUUGGUCAAUAUUGAAGAGAGUGAAAUACUCUCGCCUGAGGACCUACAGAGGGCGAAAACAGCGGAUAAUCCACCACAGAAGGUAAAGGGACCGCCGGGUGCUAGGAGACGCUCGAGUGGAGGAAACAGCGCGGGCGGGGAUGGCAAAGCUGGCCGAAGAGCUGCAAGCACAGAUGAACUCAAGGAGCACCUGAAACAUCUUGGGCCAUCCAAUCUAGCGAGCAGGCCAAGGUCUACGAGGUACAACACCGUGAAAAUCAAGCCUGGCAACAGCACAGCGCCCAAGGAGGAGGAAACCCGAGCCACUGCAGUUCGACGGAUCUCCGAAAACGUCUCAGAAUACCAAACCGGAAUUGGUGAAGGCAUGCUCAACUCGGGUGGUAAAGUCGCCUCUGGUGGCGUGCAAGCCUUGAAACAGGGUUAUGGCUCAUUGUCUGGCUCUCCGAACGAAAGGAGGCCUCACAGUGCUUUUAAAGAAUCACAGACCGACUCGGCACACGAACAAGAAUCGAAUCAUCAUACCACCGAAGCCAGAGACAUAGAACAAUCCCGCCCACCCGCAAGAACAUCGGAAAGCCAGAGCACAAUUGGUAGCUUGCCUAAUUCGCGAACACCGUCGAGAAGCCCCUAUUACCACUCCAAGGGUCCAGCUCGAAGUGGUAGUAUCACAGAAAACAUUGUUGACACUAACGGAUUCCGAAAGGUCGUUCUAGAGAUGACAUCAAGCAGCGAGUCGAACGAGGAAGAAGAGAAUUCAGGAGCCAACAAAGGACACCACACGCACGAUGCACGCAAAAACUUGUCGGGGGUAAAACUACGAGGCGGCAGUCAUGAAGAUCUUCCUCAACUCCAGGAUAAUGCUUCCAAGAAGAAAAAGCACCGGAAAAAGAAGAAAGGCCACGGAAAUGGAAAAGGGGAACGUCAACCACUUCUGGGCGACCAGUAG